AUGGCACUGACCACCAACAAUGGUGCCUACAUCCGAGCUAUUGACUACAGUCCAUUCGCUGAGCUACUGCACGGUGGGACCGUGAGAUCCAGGCAGACCAGGGAGCCAGAAGUGAGCACACAGUGCCGGAGACCCAGUGCUGGCAGACCUCUGCGCAUGCACGGCUGCAACACCCCCAAUGUGCACAAGCGCCAACAUGGAGCGCACCCGCACCCUCCAACCCUGAUCCGUGCAACCCCGGCCCUGCCCCUCCAAAUCAAAACUCGUACGACCCCCAACCCCGCACCCUCCAACCCUGUCCUGUGCAACUCAGGCCAUGCACCCUCCAAACCCAGACUUGUGCGACCCCAACCUUACACCCUCGGGCUCUGCACCCCAAUCUCACACCCUCCAAUUCUGACCCAUGCUACCCCGGCCCUGCCCGCUCCGACCCCACCCCAUAAGACCCCGGCCCUUAUCCAAUCCCACAAUCCCGACCCCGCACCCUUCACCCCGGGUCUGUGCCCCACAAACCCCACCCUCCAGCCCCGGCCCCCACCUCCCCGGCCUCCCCCGGCCCCGCCCCUCUUCCCCUCUCCAACAGGGGAGCCCCCCGCAAACCCUCUGAAGUCUCGGGAGGCCCCUCUCCUGCACCCCUCCCCCGGGACCCACGCCCGGGCCGGGGCUUCCCGGCCCGCGCACCUCCCCCCAACCCCCGCGCCCGAAACCGCGAGCGGAAGCGACCAGUCCUCCGCGGUCGCCACUUCCUUCCCGUUUCGGGACUGCGGGCACCUGGGACGGAAGCGUCGGUCGCGGCCCCCACUUCCCCUCCGAGCCGGCGGCCGCGCUCACCCCAAGAUCGGUCGGCUCUGGCCCAGUUCGGCCCGUCUCCUCAGUCCCCGCCGCUCCCAGCCCCCGUUUCACUUCCGGUUCCGCGGCGGGGGGCGGGGCCAUAUCCGGCUCCGAGCGGCACGGCCCGCCCCUAACCCAAGGCCCCGCCCCCGAAGCUCUCUAGCGCCCAGGUGUCUGAGCUGCGGCGCAGGACCCCCGCGCAUGGACGUGCUGAGCUCGGUCAGGGUACAAGCCUGA